CCGGUCUGCCCCCGCCCCCCGCGCCCCCACCCCCCAAGUGUCCCAGGAGGCUUUGCUGUCUCGAGGGGGCGCCGCUGACACGCCCUCUGCCGCUGGUGACGCCCUGGUGGUGAAGAGACAGACAGACAGACAGACAGAUGUAAAGGGUUUCUUCACUACAUUCCAAAAAAAAAAAAAGAAUAAGGAGAUAAAGCAAUAAAUAAGUGGAUAGAGAGAAGAGGAAAAAGAAGGAGAAGAAGAAGAAGAAGAAGAAGAAGAAGAAGAAGAAGAAGAAGAAGAAGAAGAAGAAAUAAAAACCAAAGAAAAAUCGAAAAGAAAAUAUAGAAAAAGAGAAAGAAAAUAAAAAAUAACACGAGAAGAAAACGGAGAGAGAGAGAGAGAGAGAGAGAGAGAGAGAGAGAGAGAGAGAGAGAGAGAGAGAGAGAGAGAGAGACUAACUAUAACAAACCGUGACCUCAAAAGAAAAUGGAAAAUUAACUCCCUUUCAAAAGAAAACGUAACGUCACUGUUUAAUGGACCAGAAAGACAGUGACCACCCCCCUCUGACCCCUAUUGACCCCCUUAAACCCCCAUAAAGACCACCCCUGAGUCCCCCCUCUAGAAAUGAACACUGGACCUCUCAUAGAAAACGUGGACUCAUAAAGUUUCCCCGAUACGUGAGAGGCGAGGUACGAAAGAAAACGAAGUGAGGGGAAGUGUGAAAGAAAACGUGAAAUUUGAAGGGGCAACUUGGAGGAAAUGGACUGAAGGGAGAUAAAGAAAGAGUGGAGAUAAGAGGUAUGAGAAGAUAAAGGAGGGAUAGAUAACAGAAAAAGAAGAGGAGGAGAGGUAAUAGAUAGAUAGAAUAAGAGACAGGAGAAAUUAGAACGAAAUUAAAGAAGAGAAAGAGAAGAAGAUAAGCUAAAGAAGAAAAGGAAAAGGAGAUAGACAAAUAAAAAAUAUGAAGACAGAAGAAAGAAUAAGACAAACAAGACAAUAACAGAUAAAAAGAAGGUUAAGGAAAGAAGAAGGAGAAGAAGAAGAAGAUAAGAAGAAGAAGAAGAGGGACAAGUAGAAAAUUAAACGAAAUAAAAAAAAACAGAAGAGAUAAAAUAUAUGAAUAAGAAAAUAGGAAUUGAGAUAAGAGGAUAACAUAAGAAAAGAAGAUAGAAAAGAAAGAAGGAAAAAGGGAAGAAAAAUAAAGAUAAUUUGAAUUGUUUUUUUUUUUUUGAUGGUGAAGGAAGAAAAGUAUCAGACGAAGGAACGGAGGAAGGAAGAAAGGAAGGGAAACUGAUAAAUGAAGGAAUAAAUACAGAGAAAGAAGGAAAGAUACAGUAGCGGAAGACAAAUUUAACGAAAAAAGGAAGGAAGAAAGGAAUAAAGAGAAAAUAAAGAAAAUUGGAAGUGAACGAAGUGGAAACAAAGUGAUAAAGAAAAAAAAGAAAAAAAUGAAAUUAUUUGAAACUUCGUAAAAUAAAUAAAUAAACUGAAUAAAUAAAUAAAUGAAUAAAACUUAACAAAACACCAAAAGAAAGAAAACGGAAAACUCAAACAAAACUCAAAGGAACGAGAAACUAAGACACAAAGAAAACGAAGCACUGCAACAAAGAAAACGGGAAACAGUUAUAAGUUAAAGGAAAGCUCAAAAGAAAACGAACAAAAACCAGCUAAAACAAACCAGCACACAAAGAAAACGAGAAAGAAAAACAAAGAAAACGAAAAACUCAAAGAAAACAGGAAACACAACACUACGGAAACAAAGAAAACGAAGAAAUGUAACAAAGAAAACGAGAAACAGUUAAAAUUAAAGGAAAACUAAAUAAAAGAAAAGAAAAACAAACUAAAACAAACCAAUACACAAAAAAACGAGAAACUAAAACAAAGAAAACGAAAAAGUAAGAGAAAACGGGACAGACUGCACUACGAAAACAGAAAACGGAUUACAGUGACAAAAUUUCAAAGGGUGACUCGUUUAUAUCCCACUCAGCCAACCCACGCCCUCACUAUGGCCCCGCCCACCGCCCACAGGACCACCACGCCCACACUGCCUUGGAUGGGCGUGGGGGCGUGCAGGAGCGGCGCCUCUAAGUGCUUCUUCGUCACCCUCUUCCUCACAAUCCUCGUUGGUGCCACAUCCCAGCCAGACUUCGCGCGCCCCCUGAACAACGUAUCUGUGCCUGUAGGGAGAGAUGCCACCUUCUCCUGCGUGGUUAGCGACCUGGGCGGCUACAGGGUGACGGGUGGACGCAAGGAAACUCUACAGGUGGGGUGGGUAAAGGCGGACACGAAGGCGAUCCAGGCCAUUCAUAAGCACGUGAUUACCCACAAUUCCCGUGUGUCCGUGAGUCACAGCGACCACAACACCUGGAUGCUUCACAUACGAGGCGUGCAAGAGGAGGAUCGAGGCCCCUACAUGUGCCAGAUUAAUACUGACCCCAUGAGAUCCCAGAUCGGUCACCUGGAGGUCACCGUGCCCCCAGAAAUUGAUGACGCAACUUCUUCCUCCGACGUGAUGGUGCCUGAAGGUUCCAACGCUGCCUUGUCCUGCCACGCCAAAGGAUAUCCCGUCCCUAAGAUAACGUGGGUGCGGGAGGACAAGAAGCCCCUCUCAUUACGCACCAACGACGUAGCGAAGCCAAAAGUGAAGCACAUGAACUACGAGGGCGCCGUGCUGAACCUGACUCAGAUCACCCGCUCAGACAUGGGUCCCUACCUCUGCAUCGCUAACAACAAUGUGCCUCCACCUGUUAGCAAAAGGAUCAUUGUGCAAGUUACCUUUCGACCAGUCAUCCACGUGCCCAACCAGUUAAUAGGUGUACCAAUGGGCAGCCCAGCGACCCUCGUGUGCAACCUAGAGGCGUCCCCCAAGUCAAUUCAGUACUGGACCAGAGACUCAGGUGUGUCACUAGUUCGUCACUCACCUUGGGUUCACCUGCCUGCUCCCUUGCCAUCUGGGGAGAUUGUGAUCAGCAACAGCGAGUAUACAGUAUCUGAAAGGUACACCAAUUAUUACAUGACCACGAUGACCCUCAACAUCUCCUCCUUCAAACCUAACCACGCGGGUGUCUACCUCUGCACUGCCAAGAAUUCACUGGGAGAGACGCAGGGCAGGAUCGAAGUGUACGAGAUCGACGUGCCUACCCAGCCACCACUGGAAGAGGAAUACGAGGAGGAGGAAAAGGAGGAGGAGGCGAUGGGGGGGCGGGGGUCGCAGACAGAUAGACGGGGGCAGACAAAUGAGGUGGGGUAUGGUGGGGAGGGGCUGAACGGGCACCUCCCACGCCCCCAUGACCCCUCCAGCAGGCACCAGGAGGGGCGGGGGAGGGGUCACGGUGCCCCCAACACCAGACAAAACCUUGGAGGGGGUAAGAAGAAGGACCCCAGUAGGUUUUAUCCGGGAGGCCAGGAGGGGGGUCCGCGCCCCACCCGGAACCCUUGGUGGGCCCGAGAGGAGUCCGCCGCCCCCCACUGGCAGCCCCUCGUGUCCCUGGUGGUGGUGGUGGUGGUGUUAGUGCAGUGCGUUGCCUGAAGGAGAUGCUAAGGAAAGGCUGUUCUUUUUUAUUAUUAUUAUUAUUAUUAUUAUUAUUAUUAUUAUUAUUAUUAUAAUUAUUAUGGCUGUUGUUGUUGUCAUUAUUGUAUAUAGUGCCUGUGUGUGUGUGUGUGUGUGUGUGUGUGUGUGUGUGUGUGUGUGUGUGUGUGUGUGUGUCUGUCUAUAUACUCCCCUUCACCCCGUAUUCCUAGUGUAUUGUCACCCCUCCCUCCUCCCCCUCCCACUCCUCUCCCCACUUAUCACCCCGCUAGUAUAAGACUUGUAUUUAUCCUCCCCACUACACUCACCCCAGUACAGUCACCCCACACCCCUCUCCUCACCCCCAAUCACCCCUCCCCACCCCUCACCCCAGUCCUCCUCAGUGUCACCUCGCCUCCCCUAGGUGAUUCCCCUCGCCCCUUCACCCCUCCUUCCCCCAGUCACCCUCAGAUCACCACUACCUCCCCAGAAAAUACGCCCCCUUUCAAAACGACCCCCCCCAUUCUGUCUCCCUCCUAUUCUCCCCCCAAAAAUACCCGCAGCCCAAAAAAAAGGCGCCCCCCAUUGAAAAUCGCCUUCAACUCCCCUCCAUUACCUCCUCAGCCCCCCUUUCGCCCCCCUCCAGUAUACAAUAUCGUUUAGUACCACCUUAUUCGUAAACAUGUAUGCAGAAUAUAAACAAAAGAAGAAAAUAUAUGAUAAACACAGGCACAUGUAUUAAUUUGCAUGUAUAACCGAGAGAACAUACAUACAUACAUACAAAGAUACAUACAUACAUACAUACAUACAAGAACAAACGUGUAUAUUAUAACCUACAUACAAUACGUACAGUACACACGCUAUGUAUACCUGUUAUCGUACACAGACAGAAAUUAUCGUACACACUUAAAGAUAUAAUAAGUUGCAUGCUUCUUCACAUACAUACAUACAUACAUACAUACAUACAUACAUACAUAUCGUUUUUGUAAUUAUAUCGUCCCGUUUCUUAGUUAGAAUACAUAUUAUACAUAGCUAAGUAAACAAACAAACAGACAGACAGACAUACAAACAAACAAACAAAAAAAAGGAUAUAAAUGAAUAAUAAAUACAGUAAAAUCAAAUAAAAUAAGAUAAAAAUUA